GCGGGUUUAGAAGAGGAAGUGCUGCGGUACCGGUAAGCUCGCGGAGGGAGAUCGGAUUCUAAUAAGGUAGCAGUGCAGCUUCUUAGAUUCGCCGGUCUUUCGCUGCAAGUAUCAGAGAGCAAUAGAGGGUGCCGCGUCGACGCGUGAUGCUCUGCUUGAGACCGCAACAUUUCAUUUGAGAGACGUCUCGCUGGAAGACCACAUUCCUAGCCUCGCAUUUGAAGGCCAUAACCACAGCGUAAUCUCUCGUCCGCCGCCGCGUUUUUUGAAGACGCACCAAGAGCUUUUGAUAUAACUCCUAACCUGAGGGCUGACACCUCUCAAGCUUUGCAUCACCUGAGAGGAGAAGACCGACUGCGCCAACAUGGGGUAUGGGCGGUCCGACAGUUACCGCGUUGCCACCACACAGGACAAAGCUGAUCGCUCCCCGAAGAAGAAGAAGGGGGCGAAGGGAGCCAAGGACAUGGACGACCUGAAGAAGGAAGUACCCAUCACGGAACACAAAAUGUCCAUAGAGGAGGUAUGCAGGAAAUUCCAGACCGACAUUGUCCAGGGCCUGACCAGUGCCAAGGCGGCUGAUUUCCUGAUCCGGGACGGUCCCAAUGCACUCACCCCUCCCCCCACCACCCCAGAGUGGGUCAAGUUCUGUCGCCAGCUGUUCGGAGGGUUCUCCAUCCUGCUGUGGACCGGAGCCAUCCUCUGUUUCCUGGCCUACGCCAUCCAGGCAGUCACCGAGGAUGAGCCCGCAGGAGACAAUCUGUACCUGGGUAUCGUGCUCACGGCCGUCGUCGUGAUCACCGGCUGCUUCUCGUAUUUCCAAGAGGCGAAGAGCUCCAAAAUCAUGGAGUCCUUCAAGAACAUGGUGCCUCAGCAAGCACUGGUGAUCCGGGAGGGAGAGAAGGUGCAGAUCAACGCAGAGGAGGUGGUGGCUGGAGACCUGAUCGAGGUGAAGGGGGGAGACAGGAUCCCCGCCGACAUCAGGAUCGUCUCUGCCCACGGCUGCAAGGUUGAUAACUCCUCCCUGACUGGCGAAUCAGAGCCUCAGAGCCGGUCACCUGACUGUACCCAUGACAACCCCCUGGAGACCCGCAACGUGGCUUUCUUCUCCACCAACUGUGUUGAAGGCACCGCCCGCGGCCUGGUGAUCUGCACCGGGGACCGCACCGUCAUGGGCCGCAUCGCCACCCUGACCUCCGGCCUCGAGUCCGGCAAGACCCCCAUCGCCAAGGAGAUCGAGCACUUCAUCCACAUCAUCACGGGCGUGGCCGUGUUCCUGGGUGUGUCCUUCUUCGUCCUGGCCCUGAUCCUUGGGUACAGCUGGCUGGAGGCCGUCAUCUUCCUCAUCGGCAUCAUCGUGGCCAACGUGCCCGAGGGACUGCUGGCUACCGUCACUGUGUGUCUGACCCUGACCGCCAAGCGCAUGGCCAAGAAGAACUGCCUGGUGAAGAACCUGGAAGCCGUGGAGACCCUGGGCUCCACCUCCACCAUCUGCUCCGACAAGACCGGAACCCUCACCCAGAACAGGAUGACCGUGGCCCACAUGUGGUUCGACAACCAGAUCCACGAGGCCGACACCACUGAGGACCAGUCUGGCGCCUCCUUCGACAAGAGCUCCGGGACCUGGGUGGCCCUUGCCCGGAUCGCAGCCUUGUGUAACCGUGCCCAGUUCAAGGGAGGCCAGGAUGGUCUGCCCAUCCUGAAGAGGGACGUGGCCGGCGACGCCUCCGAGUCGGCCCUGCUCAAGUGCAUCGAGCUGUGCUGCGGCUCCGUGCGCACCAUGAGGGACAAGAACAAGAAGGCGGCCGAGAUCCCCUUCAACUCCACCAACAAGUACCAGCUCUCCAUCCAUGAGACGGAAGACCUCAACGACAACCGCUACCUGCUGGUGAUGAAGGGAGCCCCCGAGAGGAUCCUGGAGCGCAGCUCCACCAUCAUGAUCCAGGGCAAGGAGCAACCGCUGGACGAAGAGCUGAAGGAGUCCUUCCAGAACGCCUACAUGGAGCUCGGAGGGCUGGGAGAGCGAGUGCUUGGUUUCUGCCAGGUUAUGAUGCCAGAGGACCAGUACCCCAAGGGCUUUGCCUUCGACUGCGAUGACGUCAACUUUCAGACAGACAACCUGUGCUUCAUCGGCCUCAUGUCCAUGAUUGACCCUCCCCGUGCUGCCGUACCUGACGCUGUGGGCAAAUGCAGAUCUGCUGGUAUCAAGGUCAUCAUGGUCACUGGUGAUCACCCAAUCACAGCCAAGGCCAUCGCUAAGGGUGUGGGCAUCAUCUCCGAGGGCAACGAGACAGUGGAAGACAUUGCUGCCCGCCUCAACAUCCCCGUCAGCCAGGUCAACCCCAGGGACGCCAAGGCCUGUGUGAUCCACGGUACCGACCUGAAGGAGCUGUCCCAGGACCAGAUGGACGACAUCCUGAGGAACCACACAGAGAUCGUGUUCGCCAGGACCUCCCCCCAGCAGAAGCUCAUCAUCGUAGAGGGUUGCCAGAGACAGGGUGCCAUCGUAGCCGUGACAGGUGAUGGUGUGAACGACUCCCCCGCCCUUAAGAAGGCCGACAUCGGUGUUGCCAUGGGAAUCUCUGGCUCUGACGUGUCCAAGCAGGCCGCUGACAUGAUCUUGCUUGAUGACAACUUUGCCUCCAUCGUCACCGGAGUAGAAGAGGGUCGCCUGAUCUUUGACAACUUGAAGAAAUCCAUUGCCUACACCCUUACCAGUAACAUCCCAGAGAUCACCCCCUUCCUGUUCUUCAUCAUCGUCAACAUUCCUCUUCCUCUUGGAACCAUCACCAUCCUCUGCAUUGACUUGGGAACUGACAUGGUACCUGCUAUCUCCCUUGCCUAUGAGGCAGCUGAGAGUGACAUCAUGAAGCGCCAGCCCAGGAACCCAGCCAGGGACAAGCUGGUGAAUGAGAGGCUCAUCAGCAUCGCUUAUGGCCAGAUUGGUAUGAUCCAGGCUCUUGGAGGAUUCUUCGCCUACUUUGUGAUCCUGGCUGAGAAUGGAUUCCUGCCCUCCAUAUUGGUGGGCAUCAGGCUACACUGGGACGACCGCUCCCUCAACGACCUGGAAGACAGCUAUGGACAGCAAUGGACAUAUGAGCAGAGGAAGAUCGUAGAGUUCACGUGCCACACAGCCUUCUUCGUGAGCAUCGUGGUGGUGCAAUGGGCUGACGUCAUCGUCUGCAAGACCAGGAGGAACUCUGUCUUCCAGCAGGGCAUGAGGAACAAGAUCCUCAUCUUCGGCCUGUUUGAAGAGACAGCCCUGGCUGCCUUCCUGUCCUACUGCCCAGGCAUGGACCUGGCCCUCAGGAUGUACCCCCUCAAGCCUACCUGGUGGUUGUGCGCGUUCCCCUACAGUUUCCUCAUCUUCGUCUAUGAUGAAGUCCGAAAACUCCUCAUCCGCAGGAACCCCGGAGGUUGGGUGGAGAGGGAGACAUACUAUUGAUCGAUGGAUCAGCUUCUUUACUCAAACCCCCCACCACACUUUCCACUUAUUUCUUCCCCCUCCCCCCCCUCUCCC